UCAGUUCCUUUCCGAACGCAACGGUCGGUUGUUCAAAUUUGUCAAUGCACUCUGCCCGAUAUAUGUGCUAAACUACAUAUAUAAUAAAUAGGCGUAUAAAAAAUGGUUGAGAUUAGCAAACUCUAUCAACCACCUUACAAUUCUGUAAGCUGCUCGGAGCUAUUAAGGCAUGAUGGCCUAACAUGUAAACAAAUAUUCAGAUGGAAUUGGUAUCGUUGCUCUGUGGGCUGCUUAAAAUAUUUCCUGCCGUUAGCCAUUUCACCGCUAGUGCUCAGACCGCGUAGCUUGAACCGUCAAACGCUCUUAAAUAUACUACGUCACUAUUUGGAAACUUCGCUAUGGGGUGCGACCAGCUCUGCUUUGACUAUCUACUGCAUAUGCCUUUACAGGCGCCUGUUUGGAAGAUACUACUUAUUGACGGCAACAUUUUUGCCAACGUACACAGCGUUCCAGUUAUGUUGGUUCUACCCCAUACGUACCGUCCGCCUCUUCGGCACAGCAACAGCACAAGCGGCUUUAGAAACCUGGCUGCGCAAACAAAACCACUUCAUAACAAAAUCCUUACCCAUUCAGACAAUAGUCUUCAUGCUCUCCAGCGCCGUUGUAUUACAUUUUAAGCGCCGUAAGGAAUUCAAUGGAUUCUGGUUUAUACAGCCAUCAAACACAGAUGAAUCACAACAAAAAGGUGUAGAGAACUUGGAAGAUCUUCAAAAUUCGGGAAAAUGUUUGCAUGAGGGCACAUCGUGUACCCAAUAUAUAUCGAGGGAAAUGAGUAGUUAUUUGAUGUACGGCAUACCAUUAGAUUUACUAAGCACUGUAACUAAGGGGAGAAUGCCAAGACGUUUGAGAGACUUGAAGAUGAUACGCUUCGAAAUGACUGCAUUUUUUCUCUCCUAUGUGGGAAUAUACAGAAUGUCAAGCUGUCUCUUAACUCGCUAUACAGUUUAUGGCACACGAGAACAUUUGCUUGCCGCCGCUUUGGGUGGUCUGUCAUAUUUCUUCCUCAACAAACUGGCGUUUAGUGUUUUGGCCUUUGUGAUAGCUGUGCAAGCAUUUUGGCAAUCAUACUGCUCUCAGCCAGUGGAGAAGCCUGAAAAUAGAAUAGCAACAAUUCUAAAAAGUGUCCCGUUCGCUAAAUUGUUGGUACCAUAUAAUCUCGCGUAUUUGACGCACGUUUUCAUUUUUCACAAUCAUGCCAUGUCAAAGAUAGCAAAAGGAUUCUUUCGUGGUGCGACAGAUAAUCGGUUUGCACAAAUACAUCAAUAUAUAUUGGAUAUGUUAGCUCGACGCGAAAAGAUGCUGUUAGGUUAAAUACUUGUGUGAGUCAUUAAAGACGGAAGAAAGUUCUUUAUGUGUGCUGACGCAAAUAUAUAUAAUUCUCAGCAAGCCACUUAGUCCACAAUUAAUAAAUCAUGAUAGAUUGGAUAGAAAUCAGAUGUAAAAUAUAAAUAAUUGUUUAAUGAAAUCAAUAAAAAAAAACGAUGCAUUUGCUAGUAUACUUU